UUUUAAACUAGAAUGUGUUCUUUUAUUGUCUUAACUAUUCCACCGCUAUUGAAUCAUUGAUGGAUGUGUGGUGGCAGAGUUCAUGAAAAGCAGGAAAUGAAAGUAGUGCGUGUUCACUGUCGGACUUCAGUUCUUCGUGUCGAUGACGACUGGCUCCUGUUGAGCCAAUGAGACUUUGAUUGAGGCAACUGGGAGUUAAUGAGUAACACGGCAGAGGUGCAACCUUCAGCAGACGUUUGUUCAGCUUUACUGUGCGUUGAGUCACAAGAAGCACAGAGCUCUGCGUGUGUUUCUUAUACUGGCAGGACUGGGUGACAGGACUUCGUGGAGGCUUUGCUUUUUUCAUAGGAGUUGUUUUGUUGACUGUGUCGGAGGAACAGAGCUUCCAUGGCUGACACAAGGUCUCAGUCCCCGGCCGCUGGCUCGACGGCUAAACUGGACCAGGUGCAAGGCCAGGUCAACGAGGUCAAAGUCAUUCUGAAAGACAACAUCAGCAAAGUGCUGGAGAGAGGGGACCGAUUAGAUGAUCUGAUCGGCAAGACGGACGACCUGCAGGCGUCGGCUGACUCUUUCCAGAGAACAUCCACACGGGUUGCCAGGAAAUACUGGUGGAAAAACAUUAAAAUGAUGAUCAUAAUUGGCGUGAUCGUGCUAAUCAUCGUUAUCCUCAUCAUCCUCUUUGCCACAAAAGUUAUCUAAAUAACCCCCGACCUGAACUUCAGCAGCACCUCGGGACUGAGAGCGAUGAAGACGGUGGAUGAAGCUCACCGGUUAUUUAGCGUGUACUUGCCCUCGUGAGAGAGUCUCAGAUCAUUUCAACUCAAACAAACGGGUAUUUCAAGAAAUAUUUAUGUAAAUUCAAAAGGGUAAAUGAUUUUUGUAACACAUGCAAGCUUAUUGGCCGGCUGCUCUGCGAUAAAGCUUAUGAUGACACGACGUAAAUUAGAGCUUAAAUUGUUAGAAACUUGGCUGAACUACUUCUUGAACACUCCAACAGUCAAUGUGACGUAAACGUACUAUUUCACAACGGAUCACAUAUGCAAAUGAGUCUUUAUUUUUAGUUUAUUGUAUUUCUUUAUGUCCAAUGGCCUGUGUAUAUAUAUAUAUAUAUAUAUUCUGUUUAUGACUGUCAAACUCUGUAAUAACAUAUACGACUGAUGACUACGAUAAAAAGGAAAUUGUAAUAACGCA